GGUUUGGUAGAAAUGUAGAGUGAAGUUGCCUUCACCAGAGCCCGGGCGCGUAUUGGAUAGAGGACAUAAAUUCUAUCGUCGAUAAUUGCUCAUCCUUUAACAGCCUAUAUUGGCCUAUUUUUGGAGUUACCGUUUACGUUUAGAACUCAACAAUGUCUGUUGAACCCAUUACAAUCACACUGGAGACAGACUCCACAUCUAGUUCCUUUCCACUGGCUUUAAAAAAAAUUCUUGAAAUACCCCCGCCGAAUCUGCUGGAAGGAGACGACGAAAAUGACAAAGACAAGCUGUGCACGGGAGAUGUUUCAGAACUCCUGGGGUCUGUCACUGGGACAGGCCCCUCGGCCUCCCUAACCCCUGCCAUCUGGGACAAGACAAUCCCUUUCGAUGGGGAGACCCUCCACCUCGAAUACAUGGACCUGGAGGAGUUCUUGAUGGAGAAUGGCAUCUCUGAGAAUGUUGUUGAAAGUUCUAAAAAGAGCCCAAGCAAGGAGGAGUCUGUAGCACAGGUUGAGACCUCUUCCUCCGUGUCCAGUGUGGUCAACAAUGCCCAGCCAUCUGCCUCCAUCCAACUGCUUCCCAUUCUGGAGCUGGACCAUUGUCAAGAGGAAGUCAUCAGUGAGGAUGUCACAGAGCAGGACCGCAUGACUCCGGAGCCUGUCGACCCAGAGGAGAUCGAGGUGGAUGUGAACUUUGAACCCGACCCAACUGACCUGGUGCUUUCCAGUGUGCCUGGUGGUGAGCUGUUUAACCCCCGCAAGCAUCGCUUCAAAGAUGAGGACCUCAAGCCACAGCCAAUGAUCAAGAAGGCCAAGAAAGUGUUUGUACCUGAAGAACAGAAGGAUGAUAGAUAUUGGGAGAGGCGUAAGAAGAACAACUUUGCAGCCAAGCGCUCCCGUGAUGCCCGGCGACUUAAGGAGAAUCAGAUCACUGUGCGCGCGGCCUUCCUUGAGCGAGAGAACACGGCGCUGCGACAGGAGGUGGCCGAGCUCCGGAAGGAAAAUGGCCGCUUCAAAAACGUAGCAUCUCGCUAUGAGGCCAAAUAUGGACCCCUUGAACCGGCAGAAGACCUUUAGAUUAAAGUUUAUAUAUAUUUUUAUGGGAUCGGGGAGGAGGGGUUAUACACCUCACCGAAGUGUAGUGUGUAAGUUGAAUGGGGCGAAGACUGUACAGUGCUUUUAAAAGGCGAAGAGGAUGAAGAGAAGAUGGCUAUGAGUGGGUCGUUAGCUGGAUUAUUAGGAGCUGAAUGAAUGUGAACCGUCACUGUGACAUGACACAGUAUUGUCUUUCAUGGUUAUUUUUUGUGUUGUUUUUAUUUCGAAACAUUUGCCUUUGUUUAUGUAUGUAUGUAUGUACAGUGUCUUGGAUUCUAAAGUAUUUUUCUGUUAAUACAACGCAGCAAUUUCUAGUCAUGUUUUGUUUAUGGCAAUGGACUGGUUUAGGGGAGGGGGGCAUUAGAAAUAAGAUGAGCACAACAUUCUGUUUGUAGUGGUAGGCCAUGGCACAGCUUGCUUCAAAUUAGGUUUGUCAGUUCUAUCUAGUAAUGAUCCCUUUUGCUUCCAUGUCAUGUUAGUGGUUUGAUUUGAGUGGUUUCAAUUUUCAAAUUUCACUGUCCGGGAAAAAAUUAUGUGAAUCAAAGCAAUCAACGACCUACAUUAAUGGGUAGUUAACUGAUAUACGUAUGUAAUUUAUUCACUGUAGCUCACAGUGCUCAGUUUAAAUGUCUUCGUUAGCGGUAGAUAUGCAUGGUCCUCCUGGCCAACAUGCUUGCAGUGCAGUGUUGUGUACAGUCUGUCUACCUGGGCUGUUUGUUGAAACUGCACAUCGAACCUGAUGUUUAAUUGUGAAACCAUUUACCCGAUUGGUCCUGAUUGUCAGUAAACUGUUUGUCCUGACUUUUGUUUAAAUGCAUGUAUCCUCAAAACUCACUUAGCCCAAGAGUUGAUCUCUGUUAAGAUAAAAGAAGAAAGCCAUUCAGACCAAGUAACUUCUUCAUGUGUAAACUGCUAUGGAUUCUGGCAUGUUUUGCUUACCUUCUGAGUGGGUGUUGUUUCACAAAACUGUAUUACUGACUUGUCCUGAUAACUGUCCUAUGUUAAAACCAGAAAAAGCUGUGUGUUUCAGAUUUGUGCUCCACAGGUACAGUAUCAGAUGGACUCAGAAAUAUUGCCUGGUGAAUCAUCCUUAUGAUUUUUUUUUUUUAAAUAGCUUGAAAUGGACACUUUUGUUUACCCCAUACAGAGCCAUGUGUUGGUUCACCAUUAUACUCUGGGAUCUUUUGGAGGUCAGUCACCUGACUGAAGGACAUGUACCGUACAUGUUAGAAGCCUCCUAAUAUAGCUCAUGUUCCAUAUUGAGCAUAACACACACAAGUGGCCUCAACUAAAAUAGAAAUGGUUGGCCUUUGGAUUACAGUAUACUGGGUCACAGGUCAACCGAGAUUGUUUCCUCACCUCAGCAACCGACAUAUCAGGAAAUCCUUGAAAUGCAUUUCUUCUGCAGUAUAAAGAGGGCGGCACUUUCUCGGCAAGGACCCCAAACCCUCAAGUGUCUUAAGCUGACUCCACACAGCACUUAACUUGGCCUGUUUACAUCAGGCUUCAGCAUGUAAUAUAUCAGGAACCCAUAUUCAGAUACUCAGUUGGGGCCUCCGUUCUCUUCAGUCAAUGUAAUUCUGUUUGUUGCCAUUGUGUCUAUAUAAUGUGCUUCAGUAGUAAGAUCGAGAUCAGUUUAACUUACUGUGGACUAUGUUUGGUGAUGUCAUGGUCAUGAUCAAGGAUUGUUAUUUAUCCUCUUUGCUAAUUGAAGUGGCCAUGAUGGUAUAGCUUCACAAAAAGGGAAAAAAGCAAUUCAGGCAAAAUUACUUAGUCACACUGAACUCUGGGAUGUUUGCAAUUAAACCUAAAAUAACAUUAUUUUAAUUAUUCAAUAGUUAAAAUUGUGCUGUAAUCUAGUCUUGAUUGUGGAAUAAUUUUUAUCGGAUCUGAUGUUAUAAUUGUAUUAAAAGUUCAACUGUUUCUUUGUCAGGUGUGUGCCUUGCCAGCAUAUCCUCAGUGUCCAACUUAACUGUUCAAAGAGUGUAUAUAGAAAACUAGAUAUCAUAUUUCUUAUAUUGGGCUUCCAUUCAGUUACAGCAGCAUUCAGAGCGAGAAGCAUCAGUCAUUAGCAAUCCCUCGAGCUUCCUGGCUUGCAAUUCUGGCCACCUUUUCAAAGUAUUUUUCUUUUUGGUUAAUUUUGUAAGCAAUAGGUUCUUUUAAAAAGACAAGUCCGUUAAACAAGCAGUCCUUCAAAUUUUCCAACAUGCCUGUUUUUUCUUCACCCCCUGGUUUUGUUUUGUAUAAAGCAAAUUGCUCCCACUUUUUCUUGUAUUGUGUUGUAAAUAUGAAUUAAAGACAUUUUACUUAU